AUGGGCCAGAAUAUCGAUGCAGCACAGCAGAGCGAACUGCUCGCCCCUAUAAUUCUUGGUAGCAACGACUAUCCUACCUCAGCCUCAGCCUCAGGACCAGCAUCUGUUUCGAGCGCUAGUCAACAUCGCAGUAGUCCUGCCUCAACGACACACGCCCGCACAAGCGUAUCGUCCAUAUCCCCUGCACCAGAGCAAGCGGAACAACCCGCUAAGAAGAAGGGAGGAAGGAAACGAAAGGUGUCAAACAGCGAUGAGGAACAGCAGAGUCCAGAAGAUGGUGGACCGCCAAUCAAGAAGACUUCUCACAACGUCAUUGAGAAACGAUACCGCAACAACUUGAACGACAAGAUCGCCGAACUUCGUGACAGUGUCCCCAGUCUCAGGGCUAUGUCGCGACCGAACGGUAACGACGACUCCGAGGAUCUCGAGGGCUUGACACCGGCGCACAAGUUGAACAAGGCCACAGUGCUGGCCAAGGCUACCGAAUACAUCAAACAUCUGGAGAAGAGAGCAAAGACCCAGGCAGAUGAGUUGACUCAGCUCAAGACUCGCAUGGCAAACAUGGAAAAGGCUAUGGCAAGGUCUGCACCUGUCAACCAACAUGCCGGCAUCCUCACACCCGCCAUAGCUCGCUCAAGGCAGGGCUCGAUUGCCUCUCAAGCACCAAGACGUAUUCAGCAAGACCAGUACAUGCAACAACAUCCACAACCCGCCUACGAACCUCAAGAACAUGUCGCCGAACCUGGACACAACAAUCUCGUCAAUGCUCAAGGUGCAGGCAACGGUUUCGUCGGCAAACUCAUGGUCGGUUCGCUGGCUGCCCUCAUGGUCAUGGAAGGCUUCCAUGAACAAGAACAAGAUUCUCAUUCCACAUCAGGCAGGGGUCUGUUCGCUGCGCCAAUGCACUUGAUCAAACGUGGACAAUUCCUCAGAUCUCCUUCACAUGCUGCUUACGGCUCAUCAGCCCAGGCCGCGCUUCCUCUGCUUAAGACCUUCCUGGUCUUUGGUGCCUUUAUUUAUAUCCUCCUCCCUCUGCUUCGCUUCAAGCCACAACCGAAACAGAAGCCAUCGAUCCGUAUCUGCCUCACCGCCGCCCCUUCUCUUGCCUCGCCGGUCGAGGUCCGCCGCAAGGCUUGGCUUACUGCAGUGCAAAGUGUUUGGAUGCCGCGUCACUUCUUGCUUGAAGUUGUUUCUGUAACAUGCAAGAUGAUCAUGCUUAGUCUGCGUCGUCUUGUCGGAUCCGAGUUCUACUCGCGCGUCUCCGGCAAGACUCCUGAUGAUGAGGCUGCUCGUAUCAAAGCAUGGGAUAUUGCCAUUGAUGCUCAACUUGCCGGUGGUGAUGCUGAGGUCAGCUACUACCGUUUGCUUCUCACCUUGAUGGCUUCCGGUACUUUGCCAGACUCGCCCAUUCGUCUCAUGCAGAAGGCCGUUCACUUCCGUAUCUUCUUCUGGGAGGUCGCUAAUGCUGGCUAUGGCAAUAUGUUCAUGUUCCGAGACUUAACUGCCAAGGUCGGCAGGAUUUACUGGGAUUCUGCUCGCAAGCAACAACAUGCCCUUGCUGCUGGAGAGUACACUGAGAAGCAGAUCGCCGAUGACAAGAUCGAGAGACUGCCUGAAUAUCUUGCUGAGCUAAUCGAGCUCGACUGCGAUGAUGUUCUGACUGACGAGAUGAUUCAACGUGCCUACAACCUCGCAUGGAACAGACCCAGUGCCGAGAAGACCGUCCCCAACCAGACCAUGAACAGUGUGGUUGAAGAUCACGCCAUCCGAUCUCCUCUUGAUGCUGUUGCUGCUUGGUUCGCCAACAUGACUGUCGAUGCUGCACUUACUCGUGCUUUGGAUUCCGACUCCAAGACUACAGCCGACGUACAAUAUCUGAUCGACUUGGCAAACAAGACUGCUCCUCCUGCAUCGGCCACUCAGACUCGCGCACAUGUCGCAAAGGCUGUUCUUCUUGACAAGGAUCGUUCAGCACACAUCAUCGCCGCUCUGGACUCGUUACCAAUGAUCACAUCUAACGACGGCCUGGACAUGCCAUCGAACAUGAUCACACAUACACCAAUCUCUCCAGAUACGCACAGCGCGCUUACCCUUGCGAAGAUCCUCUCUAUCGCUUCGCCAACCAACCCUACUCCUGCGCGUGUGCACGCCGCUUCUGUGCUGUCUUCAAUGCACCUUAUGCCGAACAGAAUCACGCUGCUCACUGCCGUCGCCGCCUACAAGGUUCUGUCAAGCUUCUCGUCCGAUGCUCUGCUUUUCAACAGUGGCAAGCUCGGACUUGAUGACCUGGCUGGCAACUUGAGAGUCUGGAUUGGUACACGUGCAGCCAAGACUGCCGGUCUGACCAGAGAGCAGAAGGCUACAGUUGUCGAGUCUUGUCUCGGUGUCAGCAAGCGUGUUGGAGGUUGGAAGGACGAGGAGGAGAAAGAUAGUGGGUAUGGCAGUCUCGAGGAUGGCGAAAAGGAAGCCACGAUCAGAGCGUAG